AUGUCACAGUCCUAUGCUGAUUGUAAUCAAAUCCGCAACGCUAGUGGUGUGUACACUCUUAACUUAACCUCUAUUCCGGGGCUACAGCAAGCGUACUGUGACAUGGAGACGGCAGAGAGUGGCUUUAUUGUUAUUCAAAGGCGCCGAGAUGGCUCAGUUGAUUUCAAUCGCUCCUGGUCCGAGUACCAAGAAGGAUUCGGCGAUCUAGAAGGAGAAUUCUGGUGGGGGAAUGAGAAGCUCCGGACCCUCACAGACACGGAGGUUUCGACCUGGGAGUUGGUGGUGGAUUUGGAAGCGUUUGACGGGGACGUCGGCCGCGUUCGCUACGGGAACUUCAGCGUCACCGGAGAACUGUACGAUCUUACUGUUGAAGAUUUCGACUCUCUAAAUGAUGAAGGUGACGGCCUCGUUCAGCAACAACUUGCCUUCACAACCAUAGACGAGGACAACGACAAGUCUAGGCCGAAGAACUGCGCAAGAGAACGCAAAGGCGGCUGGUGGUACACCAAAUGCAAAAAAAUUGGAAGUAAUCUAAAUGGAAAAUAUUUUAAUGAAACUCAAAGCCACGGUCCUGAUGAAGGAGUGCUUUGGAAACCAUGGAAAAGCAACUCCCUCAGAGGCUGUCAAAUGAAGAUACGACGCAAUAAGUAG